AUGUUGCUAUUAGAUAACAUAUCAGUUAUACUAAUAACAGCAAUAGCUAUGGAAUUCAUUUCAUGGUUUUUACAUAAAUAUCUUUUUCAUGGACCUCUUUGGUUCAUACACAAGACACAUCAUCAUCGAACUCUUCAUACAACAUUAGAAUUAAAUGAUGUAUUUAGUUUAAUGUUUGCAUUAAUUUCAAUAAUCUUGCUCUUUAUUGGUGUAUGGACUUCUUCAUCAAUAUAUCUUGAUAUAAGUCUUGGAAUAACAUUAUAUGGAUUUAUUUAUUUUCUUAUACAUGAUGGAUUGAUUCAUCAACGAUAUCCUCUAUGGAAUAAAAUAUCAAAUAAUUAUUUAAAACAAGUUCAACGAGCUCAUCAACGUCAUCAUAUGUAUCCAAAUAAGCAACCUAGUGAAGAAUUUGGACUUUUUCUUCUCAUUGGUAGAAAAUAUUGGAAUGAUAUAUUCAUUAAUUAA